AUGGUGCGCUACACUGCAGUGAUCCACCACAACAGAGACAGGCUCAAGCAGUGCCUCUGCAAUCUGCUGGACUGGGCUGCUCCUCCAAAUCAGUUCUUGCAGGACGUGAUCAAAGCUGCAACUGGUGCCUGCAACAUCAAGUGGGACCCCAUGGACAGGAGGAGCAAGCAAGUGUGGAUGGCUAAGGCACACAUUAAUGUCCACAUCCACUACAAGACCCUUAGUAUGGCUCCUCCCUUCCAUUUAGACUAA